UGCUAUAGGUCAGCUGUUCAGACUGGUUUUGAAGUAGUGUGUUUGUAAAUAGAUGUGUUGUGCAUGAAUGUCGCUUUUCUAAAUUCGACCGUUAUUAUGGGGAGAAAUGAGGACAGUGAGAUUAUUGAGCAUCAUGUUAACGAGGACAUGGAGAAAAAAAGCACACGGACGACAGAUCCUAGUUCAUUCCUGCAAAGUGUCACCUUAUCUGAGAAAGACGGACACAGCAGCACACAGUCAUCUCACCGUCUUCUUGCGUUCAGUGAUUCUCUAAUUUCCAUAAUAGCAACUGUUAUGAUAUUGCCUAUUGCACACACAAAAAUACAGCAAGAUCAGGAAUUGCAGAAAAGUUUGCAGCAGCUUCUUGCAACAAAAAUUUCAGUUUACCUGGUAACAUUUCUAAUAGUCACUGUGGCUUGGGCAGCUCAUAUCAGGUUGUUCCAAGUAAUAGAACGUAUAGAUGAUGUCCUGGCCCUACUAAACCUGGCAUGCAUGAUGUUAAUUACCUUCCUUCCUUACACUUUUUCCUUGAUGGCAUCAUUCCCAGAGAACCCUCUUGGGAUUUUGCUGUUUUGUGGUUGUGCUAUAGUGAUUGGUUUGAUACAGGCUGGAAUUGUUUUAUAUGGAUUUAGUCAACCCUACCUGUUGAUUGAUCAUAUACAGAUAUCAGAAAACCAAAACUAUUACAAAUACCAGAUCUUAAAGGUUAUUUUAAGAGUCCCAGUGUUCUGCUUUUUAGCAGGGAUUUUUGCUUUCAUCUUUUUUCCUCUGGCAUAUAUUCUCCUGGCAUUGGUCAUCUUCUAUCCUUACCUUUCACAAACUUUAAAAUGGUGUUGCAAUAAAGCACUCGGCCAACAAGAAGAGCAUAAUGAAACUAUGCUGUUGUACACUUACCACCCAAAAGAACCUCUCAGCAAAGAGCGAGUAGAAGCCUUUAGUGAUGGAGUGUAUGCUAUUGUAGCCACUCUUUUAAUUUUAGAUAUAUGUGAGGACAAUGUGCCUGAACCCAGUGAGGUAAAGGAGAGAUUUAACAACAGUUUGAUUGAAGCUCUUCAUGAUUUUGGCCCUGAGUACCUGGCUUACUUUGGCUCCUUUGUGACUGUGGGUCUACUGUGGUUUGUCCACCAUUCUUUGUUUCUGUAUAUAACCAAGACAACCAGGUUCAUGGGCCUUCUCAACACCUUCUCUCUGGCGUUCAUUGGGGGCCUGCCCUUAGCUUACCAGCUAACACAUGAGUUUGAGGAAAAGUCCCAUAAUGAGCUGGAAGCCAUCCAAAUUAGCUGUGUUAUCAUCUUUUUUGCGGGCAUUUUUCAGAUGGCCAUAUGGGUCACUGCACUCUUCAAUGAAAGGGAAACUCUGCACCCCUAUGUGAGGUAUAGAGGCAAAGAGCAUGCUUUUAUGUUUGCAAAACUCUCCAUCUAUCCCUGUGUUUCCCUGAGCACCUUUUUUCUCACUUGUAUCUUGAGUGAGUUCAGUACCCCAAUCUUUCACCUCAUGGAAAUUAUUGUGCCUUUUGCAUUUCUUGCCCUCCGCAUACUUGUCAGGAUUGCCUUAGCACUAUUAAAGUUAGUUUUUUGUCCAUCCAAACCAAUCCACAAUUCUGUUGAGGAAGAUGAAACCAGACUGCCUUUUAAUGAUGUGGUGUGUUAGAUCAGGUUUUAAGGCUUAGGAGAAAAGGUGGAGACAUGAAUCUGUGGCCAUCCCUUUCAAUUAUGGUACAUUAUUGAUUUAAAAUAAAUUUAGUGAGUGUUUUAUUAGUUAGUGUGACUUACCCACAUGCUUUUGUUAUCUAAAGUGUAACUUUUUCAGCUGACUGUUGUAAGGCUAGCUUUAUGAAGGCAAGUAAAAAAUGGUAACCUCUGAACUCUUUUCACUGGGGAUCAAGUUAUCUUAAAAGGAAUUAAUGUACCGUGUUAUAAAAGAAGCUCCAUCAGUAUUGGGCAACUUUAACAUAACUGACUCUGAGGUUCCACAGAGUCUUAAGGCUGCUAAACUCCUAUAGAUGAUCAGGAUCAAGUUAUAAUUAAAGAAAUGAGGGAUUUUAUUUAAUAGAAUCCUAGCAAGGAUAUUUCAUCUCUCUCUUAAAAUGGAAGGAGUACCCAUAGAUUAAGGAAUUAUAGAUGGAACACCGGUUUAUAGAACUGAACUUAAAAAUAAGUAUUACUUAUGUAACAGGUAAAGAAGGUAACACUUUAAGAGACAGUCAACAUGAAUUAAGAAAUGAAUAGUCUUGUUUAACCUGCUUGAAUUCUUUAAACAAGCACCAAGGAUGGUAAAUAAAAAGCAUAUGACAUUGGA